AUGAAGCCCGAGAAUGUUGGUGCAAGAAGAAAGGACCAACAAGCAGUAUCGUUCAGUGCAGUGCUGAACUCAUGGUGCUGUAAAAGAGUUGAGUCGAUGGAAACGAAAUGUGAAGAGGUAGGAGAAAAGCACAUGAAAAUCGGGGUAUGGGAAGAAGCUGAUGCCAUACAACCGGCUACAAGGGACCUGGAGUCUGACAUGUUAGAAUUAAGCAUGGAACCAGAGUCUCAGUCGGAUCGGGUCCAUAUCUUACUGAAUCUGUUGGCCAGCAAUAGCAAAUACGGUUGUUUUCCGGAAGCUUUGACAAAACUGGUCAAAGAGUUUCAAGAUGUCUUUGCGGUAAGCGACAAAGAACUAACACAAACGGAUCUUAUCAAGCAUAGCAUCGAUACAGGAGACGCCAAAGCCAUCAAGCAAAGGACCAGGCCAGUCGCACAGGGAGUGAGAAGUGAGCUGAAGAAUAUCCUGAAUGACUUGGAGGAGAGAAAUAUAAUAAGAAAGUCAACGUCGGACUGGGCAUCACCAAUAGUGUUGGUCCAGAAGAAGGACAAAACGCUUCGACUGUCCGGCCUUGAAGCAGCUUGUUCUCACGGAAGACACGUCGCACCCGUUGCACCUUAA